UCAAAGAUCUUGAUGUAUCAUCAUCCCCACCACCACUCUGCAAAGCUUUAGAUAGUUCUAGUUCAUUGCUACCCCAAAAUCAUUCAGAUUUUUACCUCUGAAAAACAACAGUUUCCCUCUGUCCCUCCUCUCUAGUCUCUAUACAAACGCUAUAAACAAGAAUGCACCUUUAGAUAGAGUCCAUUCAGGAAUUCAAGAACCAGAGAAAAGGAUUGAAGGAAGAAAGAUAAUUAUUGUUACAAAAACUCCAAAAACUUCAUCUUUUUUAUUCAUCAGAAACUCAGAACUGCUUUCUCUCCUCCAAAAUCCAUUCAAUUAGAUAAAAGAAAACAAACCCAUUAUCAAAAUCAAAUCUUGCAUUCAAAUUUUCUGAUAAUUUUCAUCACUACACAUUCGAAAAUGAUGGAAUUUUGGACAUCAAUGGCAUCUAUAAUGGGAAUUUUCGCGUUCAGCCAGACAUUGCUCCACACAGUAUUCCCACCAGAGCUACGUUUUGCAUCAGUCAAGCUCCUGAACAAAAUCUUCAACUGGUUCUCAUCUUACUGUUACUUCGACAUCACAGAAAUUGAUGGUGUCAAUACUAAUGAACUGUACAAUGCUGUUCAGCUUUACUUGAGCAGUUCUGCUUCCAUUACUGGUACUCGUCUUUCACUCACCAGAGCUUUAAAUUCGACUUCUUUCACAUUUGGGUUGUCCAAUAAUGACUGUAUCAUCGAUACCUUCAAUGGCGUUACUGCUUGGUGGGAACAUUUUGUUACUCAGAGACAGUCGCAGACAUUCUCAUGGAGACCAUUGCCAGAUGAGAAAAGAGGGUUCACUUUAAAAAUCGAGAAGAAGAAUAAGAAGAUGAUUUUAUCAUCGUAUCUUGAUUUCAUCAUGGAUAAAGCUAAUGAGAUUAGAAGGAAGAAUCAAGAUCGAUUGUUGUAUACAAAUUCUCGUGGGGGUUCGUUGGAUUCUCGUGGUAAUCCUUGGGAGUCUGUUCCAUUCAAACAUCCGAGUACUUUUGAUACAUUAGCAAUGGAUCCUGUUAAGAAGUUGGAAUUAAUGGCGGAUUUAAAAGAUUUUGCAGACGGCCAAGUGUUUUAUCAGAAGACGGGCAGAGCUUGGAAAAGAGGGUAUCUGCUUUAUGGUCCACCCGGGACAGGGAAAUCAAGUAUGAUUGCUGCUAUGGCUAAUUAUCUUGGUUAUGAUAUAUACGAUCUUGAAUUAACUGAAGUUAAUACUAAUUCCGAAUUGAGGAAGCUGUUAAUGAAAACCACUUCGAAAUCGAUUAUCGUGAUUGAAGACAUCGAUUGUUCUAUAAGUCUGAACAACAGGAGGAAAUCAGGUGCAAGAAGUGGUGGACAUUACGAUUCUUCUCCAAAUGACUUGAUGAGAAUUGGAUCUAUUAGUCCGAUGGGUGAAGAACACGGCGCGAAUUCGAUUACUCUUUCGGGUUUAUUAAAUUUUACUGAUGGGUUAUGGUCUUGUUGUGGCAGUGAAAGGAUAUUUGUGUUCACCACUAAUCACAUCGAGAAGCUUGACCCUGCAUUGCUCAGAUGUGGCAGAAUGGAUAUGCAUAUUUUCAUGAGUUUCUGCUCUUACCAGGCAUUGUUAAUUCUGUUCAAGAAUUAUCUUGGAUUCGAGAAACAUGAGCUAGAAGCUGAAUUGCUGAAAGAAUUUGAGAGUGUGAUUGAUAAAGCUCAGAUGACACCGGCUGAUAUUAGUGAGGUUUUGAUUAAGAACAGAAGGGAUAAACAUAAAGCUGUUUCGGAGCUGUUGGGAGCUUUGAAGAGCAGAGCAAUGAAGAAUCCCAUGAUUGUUGUUCAAGAUGUAGAAGAACAAGAGAAAAGGGCUUUAGAGAUGACUACAACUGAAGAAGAGAAUUGUAAUGAUGCAUUGCUUGAGACUUGUAGCAGUAAACAAGAGAAGAUGAAUUAAUGGGGUUAAUUAGUAAGUUAGUUACAUUUCAGUAGAAUAGAAUUUUCAAGGCUGAUUUCAGUUCUCCCUAGCCCUUUUCUUUUCUUGCUUUGUUUUUGGUGUUUUUAAAUCUUUUGAUUAGCAAGUUUUUAGUAUUAAUUUAAUAUAUGAGAAGGUGAUUUGGUUCUGCGUGUGCGGGUUUGUCUGUUUUAGCAGUUAAGUGCCAUUUAAUUAUAGGGUUUCAUGCAUUUCUUAGGGAUCUAGAAAUUUAUUCUUGUUUUCUUGUUAUGAGCAUUUUGGGAAUGUCUCGUUGCCCAUGCAGUGCUGCCAUGUCUAAGCACAUGAUUUGGUCAUUUUUUUUAAUUCGUUUGGGGGCAGUUGAAGAUGCUGCACCGAGCAAAACUGUUUCUACUCUUAUGCGAUUUUUAAAAACAGUUGGAAUCUUUCGGCAUUUAAAUAUUUUUGUUGGAAUGUUUUAUGAUUUGCUCAAGAGAUUUUUAAUGUAAAGAUGGAGGGAGUUUUUGUAUGAUUGUUGAGAGUAUUUUACUUGCAACUAAAUCAGUAUUAGCCUCCUAAAAAAUUGAGUUAGUAACUGAUUAUAUAUCCUAGUGGAGCAGGUAAGGUCUAAAGAGAUAGUGUUUGUUUACCAAAGACUAACAAAUGUGCAUUGCCGAUUUCCAAAUGGGGAAUAAAAUGGACAUACAG